AUGACACAAAAGUUUGAGUGGCUCUCCAACACAUUCCAAUGGUUUCCGACUUGCAACGAAUCGGAAGAUAAGAACUACUCAGUACAGAAGGUCAUUUUCGGAAACCAUGAUGACGAAUACGACCGCAAUUACCUAAUGAUAGCCGAGGUCCAAAUUGCUCAUAAGUAUUCGGAUUCUGACUACUCAAGCAACAAUGAUUGUUCCAACAACAAUGAUGUAAACGAUGGCAUUAUUUUUAAUAUUAUCAAGGAGAUCAAUCACGAUGGCGAUGUUAACAUUGUUCGUUACAUGCCUAAUAAAGAUUCAAUUAUUGCAAGUAAAACAAAUGGUCCCGAGGUUUAUAUAUUUGAUACUGACAAACAAACUUCUAAGGCUUCUGAUGAUCGUGCUCGCCCUGAACUAAGGUUACUUAGUCAUAAAACUAAUGGUUAUGGCUUGUCUUGGAGCAAAUUCAAUAGUGGUCAUUUGCUUAGUGGUGAUUAUGAUGGUAAUAUUUGUAUUUGGGAUGUUAAUGCCACUUCCAACAAUCUUACCCUCGAUCCCUUGCGAAUUUUCAAGGUUAAUGAAGGUGAUAUAGAAGACAUAGCAUGGAAUUCAAAGAAUGCAAAUUUAUUUGGAUCUGUUGGCAAAAAAAACUUGCACUUAUGGGAUGUUAGAGCUCCAAUAAUGAAUAAUCCAGUUAAUUGGAAUCCAAAUAAUGAGACAAUGUUUGCUUCUGGAUGUCAUCUUAGGAGAGUGUUUGUUUGGGAUAUUAGUAAGAUUGAUGAUAAGAAAAAUAAUAUGGAUAUUGAUGAUGGUCCUGCAUUGCUUUUUGUUCAUCAUGAACAUUUAGGUGAAAUAAGUGACCUUUCUUGGAAUCCUUGUGAAGAUAUGAUGAUUGCUAGCGUGGAUGUUGGAAAUUCGAUUCACUUAUGGAAGAUGUAUUAA